AUCAAAAUGAAAUUCACCUCCGUCCUCUUCACCCUCGGCCUCACUGCCGGUGUCAUCGCCGAACCCACCGUGCAAUCCCGCGCCACCCCCGUUGAGCGCGAUCUCUCCACCAUCACCGGCGUCCUCUCCGGCAUCAGCGACAAGGUCAGUGCCCUCGACUCGGCCAUCGAGGCCUACAAGGGCGGCAGCGUCGACCCCGUCCAGUCUGCCUCGGACAAUCUCGUCGACGCCAUCAACUCGGGCACCACCAAGGUCAAGGCCACCGACGACCUCAGCGCCGGCGAUGCCCUGGGCCUGACCGGCCCCGUCUCCGACCUCAAGGACAAGAUCCAGACCGUCAUCCAGCACCUCACGGCUAAGAAGUCGGACAUCGUCAAGGCCAAGGCCGGCGCCCUGACCUACAACGAUCUGCAGGACCAGAAGGCCGCUGCGCAGAAGUUGUCGGAUGCGAUUGUGUCCAAGGUGCCGAAGGAGUUGGAUGAUAUCGCUUCUGGUCUUGCGAGUGGUAUCUCUGAGGCGAUUGGAAAGGGCGUGGAUAACUUCAAGGAUGUUGCU